UUGGGUGGGACUAGCUAGUAGCUAUAAGAUGGCCGCCUAAUUGGAAGAGGAUAGUUCAGAGUUGGUGAUGGCUCAGAGACGGAAGGCAAAGCUAUACUUUGGCAAACACAGUGACUGUUUUGUACACGGUUUGCCACGAGAAUGGAUAACCUGGCUGAAGCCAUCAUCAGUGGAUGACUUGCAUUUAGUCAGAAUAGUGUUUCCAGAUAGUACCAGCCUAAUGGCUAGCUUCUCAAAACGGCCAGCUCUGCCUUCAAGCAUAAGAAAGUCAAGCAGCAGUGAAAGUGAAUAUCUUGAGAUUGACAUUGAAUAUGCAUCAUGUCUUAAAAUAAAAGAAGGGCAAAUGGUUACAGUUGAGUGUAUUCCCGAUAUACCUGUGUGUAAGAAGAUUAAUGCUGUACCAGUUAAUGACAAUGAUUAUGAGAUACUGGAGUGCAAUAGAGAAACUAUUGAAUAUGAAAUGCUAAAUCAAAUUCGGAUUGUAUCUACUAAGUUUCCUUUUCCAAUAUGGAUCAAUAACCAGCCAAUACGUCUCAAACUAAGCUCUUCCAGUGAUUCUCAAUCUCCUUCAUGGCUAUUGCUAGCUAAAGAUGCAUUUGUCAAUCUUCAUAUCACACCAGCCAAUACUCCUGCCUCUCCUCUCCCUCCUGAUAGAUCAGAGAGCUCACUCUCAGAGGAAAGCAACCAGUCAGUCCAGAGCCAGCAGCCAUCCUUCACUAAAAAUAAUCGACCAUUCCGUCACAGACUAACAACUAGUGAUGGUAACAUCUCGACUGUUAACCUCUGUAACACGAUAGAUAGGUUUGAUAGUCUCUCGACUAAUGACGGUGACCUUGAAAGAGAAGAGGAAGAUGAAGGCCUAGUGAAGUUUUUGAGUAGUAGUAUCAAUGCUUUUGGCUCGUGGCUUCAGAGGAAUAAGAGUCCUGACUCUAUGACCUCAGGGACAGGUCCCUCCUCUGAGCUCCACUCUCGCUCUUCUCAUCUUAGCUUGGGCUCUCCACAGGAUGGGGAUAGGCCUCCAUUAUCACAGAGAUCACUGUCACCUUCUCGUUCGUAUACUUCUAAUCCUACAGGAGGAGGUGGCAGUGGUGGCGGUGGGCAUGGACAUAUAAAGCAACAUUCUUGGUCGGGUCAGUCUGAUUUUGAGCUACAUGUACCAGAUUAUCCUCCCGUUUCGUCUCUCCCACUUUCGCUCUCUGUGAGAGUCCAGACUCUUAAACCUGACCUGGCCCACAAGAUAUGGGGACAAGACAAUGUGUAUGAUGUAUAUGUGAACCCUCUCUCUGUCCCUCACCAUCACAACUUGACUAAUAACUCUUUUCUCGUUCGACUAACUCUUUGUACUCCUCCUCCUGCCCCAAAGUCCAACAGCAACAACGGCACUACUGCUACCAGUAAAGAGAAGCAGACAGUGCCAGAGCAGUCAACUAACAAUGCCUCUUCUACUAGUCUAGUAAGCAACAAGAGUAGCAUCUUAGAGCGGCUAUCAAAUCUAAUUCCGGAAAGAAACACACCCUCUCCUACUCUAUCAGCUUCCGCAUUACCCGUGGUACCUCCUCCAUCAGAAGCCUCCACCACUAGUAACUACUACUGUACUACUGUCAUUGCUCAUAUGCACCUUGUUACUCAUAUACCUUCUGAGCAGAGGAAGCUUUCAAUACUCAGUCACACUAUUGAGGAAGUCUCCCAGUCUCGCGAGGCAAGUAAUUCACCGGCUCACAGUCCAGCAUCUGUUAAGAAAGACUCAAUGGUUAAGAGGAUUGGUGGGAUACCUGUACUGCCUGGUCAUGUUGUUCUUGGUAGUCUCCUGUGUCAGCAGUUAGGGGCUAGUGCUCACUCUUAUGUACUCAUUGAGGAAGUAAAUAAGGAUUGGAGGGUUGAUGUGAAAAGGAACAAGAUUUCGGUUACUUUAGAUCUCUUGGCACCUUUUAAAUUUAGACCAAUGCAUCGUGACGUACUGAGGAGUUUCAAGGAAUGGGUUGGAGUUUGUAGCAGGAACAAAUUCAACUGCUUUUUUACGGAUAAUAUGGUUGUACCACUUCACUUUAAGCCAAAAGCCCCUGAAGCGUUAUAUUCAUCAUCUAUUGUGAUGCAUUUCCGUAUAACAUGUAAAAUAGAGAAGCCUAUAGUUCCAGUUCAAGAGACUCCCAUCAAGGUAUUCCAGUUGAGCACUCAAGACAUAAAGACUGAGAACUCUCGUCGUGUUGAGAUCAAGUAUUACAGUACUCAUAAUAGUGAUGCUAAUGGAAUCGUGGGAACUUUAAUGCCUUUUGAUGAAACACCUUCUGAGAUUGAUACCAUCAGAAUGGAUAGAUUUGGUGCUAUAGAGGAGCUACUCCAUGACUGCUAUUCACAUUUGAUGGAGGUGUACUCUCAGAGGAGACACUCCUCUCUCCUGAUAUGUGGUACAGGAGGAGGGGGCAGUGCUGGUACUGUGAGUGGGUGUGGCAAGACCUCUCUUUCUAUGCUACUCUGUAAAGCAAUAUCAAAAUCAAUAUGGCAGUUUCAUGUUAUAAUAUUGGACUGCACUUUGUUAAGAGGUAAAAGAGUAGAUAAGAUUAAGAAGCGUCUCUCUGGCAUAGUAAGAGAAGCCAGAGGCCACCAGCCCUCAGUGAUACUCUUAGAUGAUUUGGAUGAGAUUGCACGUCACAUUAAUGAUGCACAGAAGGAAGCAUCUGGUGAAGCACUGGCUAAUACAAAGAAUGCACAAGUUAUAUUAGACUUCCUAACAGAAAUGAGAUCAUCUUGUCACUGCUUGAUAAUAGCAACUUCAUCCAGCAGGCAAUCCCUCCAUCCAUCACUCCUUCAGUUCAGAGGGAGACACUUAUUUCAUGUCGUUGAGAUGAAGCCGCCUAAUCUGAAUCAACGCAUAGAAAUACUCCAAGCAAUAAUGAGGGAUUAUUCAAAGCAACCUUUGCUGUCACCUGAUGAUUUUAGGAUCAUUGCAUUAAGAACUGAAGGUUUUCAAGUGAAGGACCUCUCAGUAUUAGUGGACCGAGCUUUGAGUGUCUCACAGCAGAGAGCUAUACACAGUACUGUCACUAAACAAUACGAAAAUAAAAGGUUGAGCUUAGUGGAUCCUGAGCAGCAGUUCCUGGGCACUGCAAAGAAGAAGGACUCUUCUGCAACUGUUGUAGCAGGAAGUUUUAAGAGAGAAAGCUCUGUUUAUGGAACUGAUGUAAAACUUGAUGAUUUUAUUUCUGUUCUUGAGAACUACUUACCAGCUGCACUGAAGGGACUAUCACUUCACUCCAGAGGAAAAAUUAAUUUUAAAAGAGUCGGUGGCCUGACAGAAGCUAAGAAGACACUAACUGAAACAAUGCUGUGGCCUUCUAAAUAUCCAAAACUUUUUAAAGCUUGCCCCAUAAAGCAGCAUGCUGGAGUUUUGCUGUAUGGAGCUCCUGGGACUGGUAAAACACUAUUAGCUGAAGCACUGGCUAAUGAAUUCUGUCUUAAUUUUGUUAGCAUAAAAGGUCCUGAAUUAUUAAAUAAAUACAUUGGAGCCAGUGAGCAGGCAGUGCGUGAUCUGUUUUCAAAGGCACAGGCAGCUCAACCUUGUAUCUUGUUCUUUGAUGAGUUUGACUCAUUAGCUCCACAACGGGGUCAUGAUCGAACAGGAGUAACUGAUAGAGUUGUUAAUCAAUUGCUAACAGAGUUAGAUGGAGUAGAAUCAACACAAGGUGUGUAUGUACUGGCAGCUAGCAGUAGACCUGAUCUAAUUGAUCCAGCUCUACUGAGACCUGGAAGAAUCGACAAGAUAUUGUUUUGUAGUGUACCAGUGGAUGAGGUUGUAAGACAUCAAAUACUAGCAGCGUUGAGCCAUGAGCUCUCUCUCUCAAAAGAUGUGGAUAUGAUGAAAAUAGCAAAAGCUACCAAAAACUUUACAGGAGCUGAUCUAAAGGCAUUGUUGUAUAAUGCUCAGCUUCUCUCGGUGCACAGAUCACUGGGUGAUACUAUCCAUAGUGGUAAAACAACGGAUCAUCAGUCUGUAGUAGAAACAAACAUGUUUGGCAGUCACCAGCAAUCCAAUCCUUUGAAAGUUUGGCAGUUUAAGUCUGGGCUUGGUAAAGAUGGUGGUAAUAGUCUCCAAAGUGUGUCUGAAGUUAAUUCCGAGUCUGGAGUCAUACCAGAUCAGGUCAAGAAGCUUCUUAACAGAGAGAGUGACAACACACUAAAAGGCAAAGAGAAAUUGUCUAGGUCAUGCAGUGUUACCCAAUCGGAUUUAGAGGAGUCACUAGUGAAAGCUAGUCCAUCACUCUCUCCUGAAGAGAGAUUCAAAUACGAAACAAUUUACGAGAAAUUUAAGAAAGGAAAGACAAUUGAGAAACCAAACCAGCAUACAACUUUAGCAUAACAUUUUAGUAACUUCAUUAAUAGAGAAUUUAACCUUUUAUUUCCUUGUUCAAAUAAUUUAUUAAUUUUACUUACACAAAAAAAAGUAUUUUCCACCAGUACCAUACAG